AUGAAUCGAUUUCGGUUUGAUGACUUGGAACUUAAAAAUUGUCAAUAGGCCAAGCCUGAAGAGAUUAAGAAAUAAUUUAGUAAGAGCUAUCAAACCACUGAAUAUUGCGAAUAUCUAAAUACAGAGGAAAUAAAUGAGGAUUUAUCAGAAGAUUUGUAAUACUUUGACUAGGAAUAUGCCUUCAAUGCUCGUACCAAGCAGAGCAUUAUUGAUAAAACCAACAUAGAUAAUUAGCAGCAGUUAACAAAGAAAAUACAACUUUCUUAAAAUCAAAUAAGCACAGUCACAUUUUAAUAAAAAGAGUCGUCAAAUUUAAGAUUCAACUUGAUUUAAGAUAAAAAUUAGGUUUCUGAGUAAGGAGAAUAAUAAAAAAAUUAAGAGCUCAAAUAGUGCAAGUAUUUGUACACCUCAUAGAAUCAAGAACUUGAAAAUAAAAUCAAGCAAAUGGAGUAGAAUAUGUAAAUCGAGUUAGAUCCCAUGAUUUAAGUUCAAAGUAUAAGGAGGAAACAAUUAAAAAAUAAUCCUAUUUUUAAUAGCUGUGACUCGAAAUCCUUAAAUCGUGACCUUAAGUCGGGUCCAAAGUCAAAUUAAAAAAGUGAAUGGAGCUAUUAAAAGUAAAAUGACCUCAAGAUAGAAAAUUUGAAAUUCCCCAAGAAUUAAUGCUGUAUUGAAGAUAUAGUUGAUUAAAUGGUCUGCUUGUUUGGAUUAUUUGAAAACAUACAUUUCUAGACAAUCAUGACUGCCUUAAAUUUACUCAAGAAAUUUUAAGCAACUGAAUGCUUUUAAUAAUAAUUAAAACAAAUUCCCAAUUUAAUUGAGAUUAGUGGAUUCGCUUGUAUUUGUAUAUCUUCGAAGUACUGGGAUGUUCAGUAAAUCUAAUUUUAACAUUUUCAAUAUUUGCAAACAAAUAUGGUAGACAUUAAAAAAGAAGAUGUAGUAAAGGUUCCACUUUGCAUAACCGAUAAAUACUUGCCCCUUGCAAUUGCUUAAUAUUCAAGCUAGGAGUACAAGUAGAAAUUAUAGUAGAAAAUAGAGUACAUUAUGAAAAAGAAUUUAGAUAAAAUUGCUGGAGUUAGAGAUUAUUUAUAAUAGCAAUUUGAUAAACUCUAAAUUAUUACCGACUUAAAACAAGAGUUUAAACUAUAAUCUCAAACUAAUUUCGAGAGCAUAAUUCAAACCCACAGAUAUGUGAAUCUGAUAUAAUCAUUAUUUGUUGCAGCUACAACUGCAGUCCAUUAAUAUGAUGAGUCUUGA